UGGAGCAGCGGAAUGAAUGACAUGUGGCAGGAGGCGCGGACAGCUGAGAAAAAGCAGGAUACAACAGGCAUUGCAAUGGCCUCAGAGGAAAGAGCUUCCAUGCAGCCAUUUCAGGAUCUGGUGACCUUUGGGGAGGUGGCUGUGUAUUUCACCUACAGGGAGUGGAUUCUCCUGAAUCCAGGCCAAAGAACGCUGUACGAGGAGGUCAUGUUGGAGAAUUACCAGAAUUUGGCUUUUCUAGAAAUGCCCAAACCUGACCUCAUCUCCUGGCUGGAAGACAGAGAAAAUCCAUUUGUCCGUGGCUCUGAGGAAGAGGAGAAAUCAACAGCAGGUGCUGCACAAGACAAUGAGAAUUAUGGGAAGCCACCUGAGAUAUCAUUGCAAGCAAUCACACACAACUGCCAAAAAGGGGGGCAUGGAAAUCGAAGGGGACUCCGAGGGGACAUGGGAACCAAGUCAAAGAAGAGGAACAGGAAAGCCUCCUCUUCUCGUGGUGCUGAUGGCCACCAUCUCCUGAUACCACAUGAAGGCUUCAAAGGAAAGGGAAAGGCAGAGUGUCCAGACUGUGGGAAAAUAUUCUCAAGUAAAUCAGCCUUAAAGAGACAUAGCAGAAUCCACACGGGGGAGAAACCGUACGAAUGCCUGGUGUGUGGGAAAACCUUUGGCCGAAUCCAUCACCUUGCACGACAUCGAAGUAGCCACAUGGAGCAUAAACCAUAUAAAUGCACACUGUGGGAACAGCUUCAGCGAUCGAGGGACCCUUAACAUACAUCAAAGAACUCACACGGGGGAGAAACCGUAUAAAUGCA